AUGCACUUCCAGUGGGACUGGCUGUGCUUGGGUGUCUUGAUAAUCAGCUCAGUGACUGCAGAAAUUGAAAACGAAGAAACUCUGGAUGGAGAUGUCGAAGUGGAGGAUUUUGACAAGCAGUCUCAAGAGGCUGAUGUUGACAGAGAUAAAUCUUCCUUAGAGGUUGUGUACCGGACUCCAAAGCCAACUGGGGAAGUGUAUUUUACGGAAACCUUUGAUGGAGUAUUGGCUGGGUGGGUGUUGUCUAAAACCAAGAAAGAAGACACAGAUGAUAACAUUGCUAAAUAUGAUGGAAGAUGGGAAGUAGAAGAGCUGAAAGAAAACACAGUGCCUGGAGACAGAGGAUUAGUGUUAAAAUCGGUGGCUAAGCAUCAUGCAAUAUCAGCUAUGCUAACAAAAGCAUUUAUUUUUGAUAAUAAACCUUUGAUUGUUCAAUAUGAAGUGAAUUUUCAAGAAGGCAUUGACUGUGGUGGUGCAUAUAUUAAACUUCUCUCCAGUGGUGAUGACUUGAAUCUGGAAUACUUUUUUGACAAAACACCUUAUACUAUAAUGUUUGGACCAGAUAAGUGUGGAGAAGAUUACAAACUACACUUUAUCUUCAGACAUAAGAAUCCUAAAACUGGAGAAUAUGAUGAAAAACAUGCAAAACGUCCUGACGUAGACCUAAAAAAAUUCUAUUUGGACAAGAAGACGCAUCUAUAUACCCUUGUGCUAAAACCAGAUGAUACUUUUGAAAUGUUAAUUGACCAAUCGAUUGUCAGUAAAGGAAGUCUUCUUGAGGAUAUGGUUCCUCCAGUAAACCCUCCCAAAGAAAUAGAGGAUCCUGGUGAUAAGAAGCCUGAUGACUGGGAUGAGAGACCAAAAAUACCUGACCCAAAUGCUGUCAAACCAGAUGACUGGGAUGAAGAUGAGCCUUCCAAAAUAGAAGAUCCUGAUGCUGUUAAGCCUGAGGGAUGGCUUGAUCAUGAACCACAGUAUGUUCCAGACCCUCAUGCAAAAAAACCAAAGGACUGGGAUGAAGAAAUGGAUGGGGAGUGGGAAGCCCCUCAGAUCCCUAAUCCAAAGUGUGAGACUGCACCUGGUUGUGGGCACUGGGUGCGUCCCAUGAAGAAUAACCCAAACUACAAAGGAAAAUGGAAAGCACCUAUGAUAGAUAAUCCUAACUAUCAGGGCAUCUGGAGCCCUCGGAAAAUACCGAACCCAGACUAUUUUGAAGAUCUUCACCCCUUUGAGAUGACCGCUGUCAGUGCUAUUGGUUUAGAACUCUGGUCUAUGACGUCUGAUAUCUACUUUGAUAACUUCAUUAUAUGUUCAGAAAAGGAAGUAGCAGAUCGUUGGGCAGCAGAUGGCUGGGGCUUGAAGAAAUUAGUAGCAAGUGCUAAUGAGCCCGGUAUGUUUAGUCAACUGGUGACCGCUGCAGAAGACCACCCAUGGCUCUGGGUUCUUUACAUCUUGACUUUAGCUCUCCCUGUUGGUCUAGGUGUGUUGUUCUGCUGGCCGGCAAAGGUUAGAAAAAUUUACUAUUUAAAACCUGAUAUAUCUAAGCCGAUUACAAAGGGAGAACUAAAACAAGACAGAGAGGAGUUAGAAGAUGAUGAAAUAGAAUUAGAAGAAAAAGAAAACGAAGAUACUGCUGAAGAUGAAGAUGAGGGUGAAGGUGGUGAAGAUAUUGAUGAUGAAGAAGAAAAUGAAGUUGCAGAUGGAGGUCAAGAAGGUGAUAAGUCAAAUAAAUCUGGCUCAGAAGAUGAGAUGAAAGAAGCUGAUGAAAGCACAGGUUAUGGAGACGGACCACUGAAAUUGGUGCGCAAAAGAAGAGUACGAAAGGACUGA